AGGGGACACCACCUUCACCAUCCUUCCCAGCACACAACAGGAAGGGUUUCUUCUUUCACCAUCUUAAAAAAAUUGGCAAAUCUGUAAAAACAAAAAGGAAGAAAAGAAGGGUUGUCGGGGGGAGAUACUGGGACAAGGGCCAGUGCUACCAUGUCCACGCAGAGACUUCGGAACGAGGACUACCCUGACUACAGCUCCACGGACGUGAGCCCCGACGAGAGCCCAUCCGAAGGCCUGAACAACUUCUCUUCCCCCGGCUCCUACCAGCGAUUUGGGGAAAGCAGCAGCAGCACAACAUGGUUCCAGACCUUGAUCCACCUGUUAAAAGGCAACAUUGGCACAGGACUCCUGGGGCUGCCCCUGGCAGUGAAAAAUGCAGGCAUCUUGAUGGGUCCCCUCAGCCUGCUGGUGAUAGGCAUCGUGGCUGUGCACUGCAUGGGUAUCCUGGUGAAAUGUGCUCACCACUUCUGCCGAAGACUGAAUAAGCCCUUUGUGGACUAUGGGGAGACAGUGAUGUACGGACUGGAAUCCAGCCCCAGCUCCUGGCUCCGGAACCACGCGCACUGGGGAAGGUACAUUGUGGACUUCUUCCUGAUUGUCACGCAGCUGGGAUUCUGCUGUGUCUAUUUUGUCUUUCUGGCUGACAACUUUAAACAGGUCAUAGAAGCGGCCAAUGGGACCACCAACAACUGCCACAACAAUGAGACGGUGAUUCUGACGCCCACCAUGGACUCGAGACUCUACAUGCUCACCUUCCUGCCCUUCCUGGUGCUGCUGGUGUUUGUCAGGAACCUCAAGGUCCUGUCCAUCUUCUCCAUGUUGGCCAACAUCAGCAUGCUGGUCAGCCUGGUCAUGAUCUAUCAGUUCAUCGUGCAGGGGAUUCCAAACCCCAGCCGUCUCCCCUUGGUGGCAUCCUGGAAGACCUACCCUCUGUUCUUUGGCACGGCCAUUUUUGCAUUUGAAGGCAUUGGGGUGGUCCUGCCCCUUGAAAACAAAAUGAAGGAUCCCCGGAAAUUUCCAGUCAUCCUGUAUGUGGGAAUGGCCAUCGUCACUGCCCUCUACAUUAGCCUGGGGAGUCUGGGGUACCUGCAGUUUGGGGCUGAUAUCCAAGGCAGCAUAACCCUCAACCUGCCCAACUGCUGGCUGUACCAGUCAGUGAAGCUGCUCUACUCCAUCGGCAUCUUCUUCACCUAUGCCCUCCAGUUCUACGUCCCAGCCGAGAUCCUCAUCCCCUUCUUCGUGUCCCGCGUGCCUGAGCACUGGGGGCUGCUGGUGGACCUGUCCGUGCGAACCGUGCUGGUCUGCGUGACGUGCGUCUUGGCCAUCCUCAUCCCCCGCCUGGACCUGGUCAUCUCCCUGGUGGGCUCCGUGAGCAGCAGUGCCCUGGCCCUCAUCAUCCCGCCCCUCCUGGAGAUCACCACCUACUACUCGGAGGGCAUGCGCCCCCUCACCAUCGCCAAGGACGCCCUGAUCAGCAUCCUGGGCUUCGUGGGCUUUGUGGUGGGGACGUAUGUGGCUAUCUCUGAGCUGAUCCAGCCAAGCAAUGCUCCCAUUUUCAUCAACUCCACCAGUGAGCUUGCAUAGCCGUCUGGGUGCAAUCCUGCACCUUCAUACCCAACCCCUGUGUGUUCCUUAGCACCUGGCCCCACAGCUUCAGGGAGGGUCCAGGCUCUGAGGGAAAGCAAGGCUGCUAUCUGGGAACCCCUCUACCUGGCACCUAGGUAUCCUGGGCCAGGUAGGACUGAGGGCAGGGGGAGAGUGGGUGCAGAUACGCAGGAGGUACUUUUAGUGGUAGUACUGUCAUUGUUCAUUUGUACUUAUUUUAACCCAGAACUUUUUAACUCUUUUCCCUCAAUCAUGCCUCUUUCAUUACCUGCCUCCCUACUUCUGACCCACCUCCCCCAAAUUAUUCCUGUUGCACAACUCACUUUAUUUAAAGAUUUUAGCGUCUCCCACGUCAUGUUUUCUCUUUUCCUGGUCCAGGCCUAGAUUAAGUAAGUGGGAACUCCCCCUCUUUAUAAAGCCGGGCCUAUCUCUUUCUCAUAUCUCUCCCAAAUAUUUUACCUCAAUAUUCUCCUACCUAUUUAAGCCUCCAGCAGGUGUCUGGAUCUACCUAGUAGUUUAAAACCAGCCCCAGAGCUGGAGUUUUUAACCUUGACGCUCUGGCUUGCUGUGACCCUCGGCAACAUCUCCUUUCCAGAUUCCUCGUGUGGGUCACAAUACUGUAUUCUUAGUUGCUUUAGCUCCUGAAAGAUAUCAAGUGUUGCCUCAAUUGAAAAUAUUUAUAAUUUAUUUAAAAUUAGCUUGUGUUUUUAGAUUUUUCUCUAGAUCUGGGGUUGUUGUGAAUUGUUCCUUCCUUAGUCAACUUGUAUUUAGCUUCUCCCGCUGAAAGAAACUUGCUCCAGAAAAUGUCUGCUUAGGGCCUCAGCCCUCCUGGCUGAGUACCCCAAAGAUUUUAAUCAGGGUCAUGUAAGUGUGUCCCUCUGUGGGGAGGCAUGGACUUUGCCUCCCAUCGACCAGCCUGAUUUCAUAUUGAGAGGAUAUGAAGGAUUCAGGAAGUAUUUGCCAGUGCACUAGGCUGGGGAAAGGAUGGCCAAGUGUGGGAGUUUCCACCUACUGGGGGCUUAUAAGAUGGUUGCUUUGUGCAUUCAGACCUGUUUGCCAGCCUCAGCCCCUGACAUGCAAACAGCAUGACAGCAUUCAGUUGCUGUCAUGCCAGGAAGAUGCCCACACUGUUGCCAUGGAUGAGACGAUCAGGUCAGCAUGCACAGAGUGCAAAAUUAAGUUAAGAGAAUUUAUAGCAGCUGGUCUGACACUAAGUAUGGUGCUUGGUUGUUUACAAUCAGCAGGGGAUAGGGCUGAAACAGGGCCCUGUCCCACCUGCCUCCAUGACCUCCAGGACUCUAAAGGAACCACUUGGUUGAGAUUUCAGUCCCUUGUGUUUUAAACACUAAUUGUGACACCCCCCCCCCCUCCCGGCCCCAGAUGCCUCCCUGAGUGUCAGAAAUAGCUUCAGGGUUAGCUCACCUCAGGCUCAGCCUUCAGAUUUGGGAACGAACUGCAGAGAAGGCAGAGGAAGGCACAUUGCUUUUGGCUUCCACUUCUUCCCUCGGUGUGAGAAGUAUUUCAGAAGGGCAUUCAUUAACUGUCCGUCUCGAGCUGUAUGUGUGUGUGUGUUCAUACAUAUGGAGUAGGGCCCUACUGUUCUCCACUCCUUCACUAGGCUCUUGCUUACCUGGCACUAUGAUUCACCCCAAAAGUUGGGAGAGCAGCACAGCUUUAUCAGGGGUUUUGCUUUUGUCUUACCAAAGCUCGUAAGGGCUAGGAGCCACCUCUGCAGCCCCAGCUUUUUCUUCCUUUUCUGUUCCAAAGCCAAACUCUCUCACUGCAGGGACUCCUAAGCUACCUAACAAUUUAUUAACUUAGGAAGAUGUGAUCAGUGGUGACUUGGUCUCCCUUAGGAGGAUGACACUUUUCACCCAUGCUUUCUGCUCUUUGGUGGUCACUAAGAGGUGCUUAUAUGACCAUGAUUCUAGAUGGAGGUGGCAUUGGCCCUACCCUCCGAAGCCUCAGGCUUAGAAGUUACCAAAGUGGGUUCAGGAACUGUCAUCUGUUGUUUGCAAGCCUGGGCUCCAGCAGUCUUUCCACAGUGGUCCUGAGAGUUGUGUGCAGUGGGAAGGCGCAUGCCAGUAGAAGGGGAUCAGACAUGUGUCCUGCCCGCAGCUUCUGUGGUGGAGGCUCCUGUGCAUGCAGGGAGCUACUAGAAGUACUGUCCGGGCGGGCAGUGACACUGGGGCUGUGAUGCUGGGACCUGAGGGCUGGACAGCACAGUACUGAUGUCCUCUGGCCACAGGUCUCAGCAAACCACAGGCUAUUGCGUCAGGGUCCCUGGCCUGGAGAAUGUGGUAUGCAGGACAGACGGCUUGAGCUCUGGGGCUUUUGGCAGCUAAUUUGACGUGACCUUCACCCUGUUUGAUCUCUUUCCUGUGCUCCUGCACUUUGAUAGCCUGAGCUCAUGGCUGCUUCAGAAGACCCAGACAAGGAAGACCCAGGCAGUGGGCCUUCCUGGAUGUGCAAGUGCACUGCAGUUAGGCGUUGAAUGAAGGGUUAGCUAGAGGAUGGUAGAGAGAGGAAGCCCUUCCUCCUCUUCUGGAAGCAGCCCUCUGGGCCAGCUCAGGGAAGCUCCCUCUUCUGCUGCCCACGGGCCCUGCAAUCAGGGAGUCUCCCUGGCUUCUUCCCAUCACUCGUCAGGAGCCAGCUGCCCAGCCUCUCCCUGUGUGCUGCUCUGGCCCCUGCUGAAAAAGCCCCAGUAUAAGUAGGAACCUGAUCAAGAGAAAAGGCUUUCCGGCGUGUGAGGCUGCAUCUGCCAAACCAAAGGCAAACCGUGGUUUUUCUGGCCCAGUACUGUUAGGCUCUGUGUCCCUCCUCCAGUCUCCCUAAUGCAGCCCCAGAUUUCCAUUAGCUCAGAAGGAGCUGCUCAGAGCCCGUGUUCUCUUUGGCACAUGCUGCUGUUGGGAGCAGGUUUCCAACUCCCUGUCGGCAGCAUACCUCCCCUUAAAUACAGGUGCUUGCUGGGAAGAGCAUUACCUGGCAUCUUCUGUUCAGUUUGCCUAGAAGUUGUCACCAUUCACAAGUGGCAUUAUUUAUAUUGUGCUGCUGUCCAGCUGCUAGGAGCCCUUCAUCUGCACAAACCCUGGCCAAUAUAUGUGUGGCAGGUCUUAGCUUAGAGCUUGCAGCUUAUGCCCUCCCUCUCUGUCACUCAACCGCCCCCUCCCCACCCCGCCCCAGCCAAAUUCAUUGGCUGAUGCUCACUACUCACUCUCCGCCCUCAUGAAAAGUAAAAUUUGCCAUUUCAGCAAUUGUAUUAAAGUGAUGAUCCCAAACACGUGUUAGAAAAAUCUCCCCUACCUCCCUGUUCUCCUGUUAUUUUUUUCUCCUCCAGUUUCUCCCUUCUGAGAUUGUAGAAUAUCAUCUCUGUUUAACACUACAUGUUUGCCUCAUGUUUGUUGGAAGUGCAAAAAUCUCCAUUUAUGUCUGUUUACAGAUUUCUCUAUUCAUUACUCAAGCAAGGGGGUCUGUAUCCGUGUAUCAGUCUGUAUCAUAGCCGAUCAGUUGUUAGGGUGGGCCCCAGCAUCGCUCCUGGACCGAACACGAAGCUGCUUCUCACAGUGGAGACACAAAGUACAAGUGGCACGACUUAGUGAUUAGGGAGUCGGCUCCAAGUCUGCCUUAGAAUUCAAUUUUCCAAAGUACAUUACAAAUCUCUGAGACCGUUAGGAGAAAAGGAGACGAUGUGGUUGGUCUUUGAAAUCAUAGUCGGUCGAUACUUUUAGGCAAUUAAUCCUGCUGGUUGCAAGGCUGUUUGCUCUGCAGCAUCAGCCUGUUGCAUUUCUUCCCUGUCCUUGGUAUCACUGGGUCAUUCCCUGGCCAGGGGACUUAAAUGGUGCUGAUAAUGAGGUUGCCAGAGUGGGGAGGGGGAGUGGGAAAUGAGGGUGGAGGGUGCCUGUCACGAGCCAUGUUUGUUGUUUUGUUUAAAUCAAGGUGGUGCUGGGGAAGCGAUUUUGUUUUAGUGAAGGAUAAAAUUAUGUGACUCUCUUGUAAAAUGUGUCAGUGGAUGCGUGAGUAAGAGGAAUAUGGAAAAAUCCCGUCCAGCAGGUCUUGGUAACCAGACAGUACUGUGUAUGUUGUGUGCCUCUAAGAAUGUAUAUCCGCACAUGGCGUGUGUCGAGAUGUGGAUCAUGCCGGAGCUCACAGAAGAUCUUGUUUUGGGUUCUGCACACAGAUCAUGUGUUAAACUUUUUCUUUUCAAUAAAUGAAUUUUAUUUUUUAUUUUU